AUGAGGUUGAACUCUCAGACAUCCAGUUUCUUCAAACUGAUUGAGUCUCCUGAAUCUUGUGGAGUCAAUGGUUCUUGGCAUAAAUUUGCCCUGGCUAUAAGGUGUUAUUCAAAAUUGCUAAAUAAAAGCUCUGACAUUACCAGAGGAUCUGUUCAGAAAAGUGUGUGUGUAUUAAGUGUUCUACCUUUAUAUGGACUUAUUCAAGCUAAAUUAGAAUUGAUUACUCAUGCUUACUUUGAUGAAAGAGAUUUUAGCAAAGUUUCUCUUUUGGAAGAAACAUACAAAAACCUGAAUGCAUCUUUGUCAAGGGAAAUGCUUAGUGGAACACAAGCAUUUUUAGGUCUUUCAGUACGUGAUGUUGUUUUGAAUUUUAAACAUAAAGCAGUCUUAUUAUUUAAAUUGUUUUUAUUGGAAAGGAAGGUGUUAUUCAGUAAAUCUCCAGUCAAGGAUUUAUGUGCUGUAAUUUUAUCCAUCUGUUCUCUGUUUCCAGGUAUGAUUGAAAAAGGGUUGAUUGAAGCAGCAGCUAAUAUUACAAAUAAACAUUAUUCAUCUGAACUAAGAAUGAGUAAUGAACAUGAUUAUCUAGAAGUUCAUAUUAUGGAAAACAAUAAUGAUAAUGAAUUAGGUAACAUUUCUUCUAAUUUAAUAGAAGCAGAAAAUUCUGAAAUGGUUAGAAUUGAUAAUAAUCAACAAGUGAAUGAAAAUUAUGGGAAUUUAAUUGUUGAAAGUGUGCAAAAUACUUACCAAUCAAAAGAAAGUUCUACUAAUACUAAAAUUAAUUCAGAAUUAGAAAAGAAAAAUUGUAAUUUAUCUGUUUCUGAAAUAACAUUUGAGGAAGAAGAUAAAUUGCUUGAUGAAAUUGAUGAAGUUUUAUCUGACUGUAGUAAAGAAGAAAAUGAAGUAGAUAAUUGUUCUAAAAAUAGGGAAAAAAAAGAAUCUGAUAAAGUUCCAGAGUUGAGUGGAAUUCAGAACCAUAAUGAUUUAAAAAUGAAGGAUUUUAAAGAAAUGCAUGAAAAUGAAAGUUUUGAUAAGUUGUCGGAUAAUACUUUAAUGAUUGAAACUGAUGACUGUGGAUUUCCAUUAUCUAUUUUUACUAAGGGUUCUCUUUGUCAUCCGUAUCUAUCAUUGCCAUUUCUUGAUUUAUUAAGUGAUGUUAAUACAAGAAGUUUUGUAGUUGGAGCAACAAAUGUGCUUUUUAAACAAAAAAAAUAUUUAUUUGAUGUUAUUGUUGAGAUUUCUUGCUAUGGGUGAGACAUUUCGAAGCCUCAGUUUCUCAUUUAGAAUAGAACGAUCGACAAUUGCUAAAAUAAUCGAAGAAACUACAAAGGUAUAAAUUAAAAUUAUUAAAUUUGAAUAGCAAUUAACUUAUAAAUUGCUAUUAUUUUUAUUAUAGGUUAUUUGGAACAAUUUAAAGAAUGAUUAUAUGAAAAAAUGCCAGAUAAUGAAAACAAAUAGAAAGCUAAUUACUAAAGGCUUUGAAUAUUAUUGGUAGGUACCAUAUUGUUACAGGAGCACUGAUGGCAAGCAUAUACUAGUUCAAUGCCCAAAAAAACAGUGGAAGCUUAAAUUAUGAGUAUAAUUAUAAAGGAUCAUUUAGCAAAAUUUUAUUAGCUGUGACUGAUUAUGAAUACAAAUUUAUUUCAGUCAAGUUUUGUUUCAUGGGUGGAGAAAGUGAUGGUGGGAUUUUUCAAAGUUCUUUUGCAAAAAAGCUUUUAGAAGAAAAAUUAAAUCUUCCAAAUGAAAAUAUAUUAAAUUCUAAUACAGUAUUCUCAUACUUCUUUGUUGGAGAUUAAAUUUUUUUUAAGAGGAAAAGCUUCAUGAGACCUUAUCUGAGGAGAUCAGCUCAUUCAUCUCCAAAAAGUGUUUAACUAUCACUUAGUAGAGCUUGAAGAAUAGUAGAAAAUGUUUUUGGAAUUCUGUUGGUGGGUGCACUUCAGAAUUUUUAAAAGACCACUCAAUUAUAGUGAGAAAACAAUAGAAAAAAAAUAGUUGCUGCUGCCCUUGUUUUACACAAUUUUUUAUUGACAGAAAAUGCAAGUAUUUACAAUCCCCCAGGCUUCUCUGAUUAUAAUGAUAAUAAUUUUAAUUUUCAACCAGGUUUAUGGUGCCAAGAUGGAAAUAUUAAUUCUUCACAUUGUUCUUUUGGAUCUAAUAUGCAUGGCAUACAUGCAAAAUCUUUGCAUGAUGAACGAGAUAUUUACUUGUGUAAUGAAGGAUCUGUAUCAUGGCAGAAUAGCAAGAUAUA